GCCAGACCAAGGUGCAGUUCAUCGACAUUGACGAAGAGGCCACGACAUUAUGGCCAAGGCAAAAGCACCACCACCAUCAUCAUCGGGCGGAAAAGCUGCUAAGAAGAAGAAGUGGUCGAAGGGAAAGGUCAAGGACAAGGCACAGCACGCCGUCGUCUGUGACAAAGCUACAUUCGACCGUAUCAUGAAGGAAGCUCCCACCUGGCGUCUCAUCAGCCAGAGCAUUCUCAUUGAGCGAUUGAAGGUCAAUGGAAGCUUGGCACGCGUUGCCAUCAGACAUCUGGAGAAGGAGGGCUUGAUCAAGCGCAUUGUGCAUCGCUCUAGCCAGCUCAUUUACACCCGGCUGACAACCGCAUCGGACUAGAUCACUAGUCACUUAUUCAUUAUGGCCAUUGAUAAGCCCAUGUAUCUUCCACCACAACCAAAAUCUAUGUUUCCUGACUGGCAUUGAAUGAACCAAAGCUCUAGGUAUCAUGACGUCUUGCAUUCUCACCAUUUACUCGGUAAAGGAAUGAAUUAUGGAAAUAGUACAUGCAA